AUGUUGACACUCUUGGUUCUGCUCGGUCAACUGCCCAGAGUUACCGUCGCGUUUCCUCAUUGCACAAGAAGACCGCAGGAGUCCAGGCAUGCCGGAGAAAUCUUUACAUCAAAAGAAGAAGCAAGCCUUUUCAUACAUAGACGCCUUCUAUAUAACAGAUUUGAUUUGGAGCUCUUCACUCCCGGUGACCUAGAAAGAGAGUGUAUGGAAGAACUUUGUAAUUAUGAGGAAGCCAGAGAAAUUUUUCUGGAUGAAGAUAAAACGAUGAAAUUUUGGCAAGACUAUUCAACAAAAGGACCCACCACAAAAACAGAUGAAAACAGAGAGAAAAUUGAUGUUAUGGGCAUUCUUACUGGACUGAUUGCUGCUGGAGUAUUCUUGGUCAUUUUUGGAUUACUUGGGUACUAUCUUUGUAUUACUAAAUGUAACAGACAACAACAUCUAGGUUCUUCGACUGCCUACAUGAGAAGGGACAGACAUGGCCCCACCAUCAUUUUCAGAAGCCCUGAAGAAACUUUCUUGAACCUACCACCACCUUCAGUGGAGGACUCAGCACUCCCUUCUUAUGAACAAGCAGUGGCACUGACCAGGAAACACAAUGCUUCGCCACCACCACCAUAUCCUGGGCCAACAAAAGAGUUUAGGGUGUUUAAAAAGUCUAUGUCUCUCCCAUCUCAUUAAGCCCAUCUCAUUAGGCCUUGGUGGAAGAGGACAUUUGUGUUAUGUGACUGCAUUUUCCCCCUAGAUCAAAAAGGGAACAUCGCUUUCACACUUUUAUGACAAACUGCAGGGAAUAAAGGAGGAAUAAGCGUGUGUCUGACACACUCCAGAAUGUCUCUCACACCCUGAAACUGAGUGGGCUGGAGCAAUAGUACAGUGAGUAGGAUAUUUGCCUUGCAUGCAAUGGACUCAAGGUUUGAUUCCUGACAUCGCAGAUGAUCCCCAAGCCCUGUCAUAAGUGAUCUCUGAGUACAGGGCUUAGGAGUAAGCCCUAAGCUCCACUGGGUUUGGCCCAAAAUUUUUUUUAAAGAAAGAAGAAGAGAACCCUUCUGAGGCUGGGGCGAUGACUCCAAGUACACAUGUUAUGCGUGUGGGAGACUGUUUAAUCCUGGCUCCACAUGGUCCACUGUGCACCUCUUGAAUGAUCCUCACGCACUGAACUGGGAGUAGCCCUCAGUAACACUAGGUGUGUCCCUCGAGCUGUGCCCUCAAAAAAAAAAAAAAAAAAAGAAAGGAAGGAAGGAAGAGCACUUUUGAGAUCUGGGAAUU